AAGAUUUCUUUCAUUUUACAACAAAACCAACAAAUCCCAAAAUCCAAAACAGAAACAGAAAACAAGAAAAACAACCCAAAAGAGAUACACAAAUCGGAGUUCCUUGUUCUUCCCCAAUCGAACGGUCAAGAUCAUCUCAAUCUUGAUCGAUCGUCCGGGGAAAAAGCCCUAAUCGGAGCUUGGAAAUCGCGAAAACGAAUUCUCGGCGCUUUCUUGACCUUCGUCAAUGGCGGAUUUCGGGAAAAACUUAGAUUCUUCGGAGAAACCGAGGUUCUUCUUUUUCAACCGCUCGCUUUCUAUGUACCCAGAAUCCGCGGACCCUCCGAAGAAGCCGACUCAGCCCCAAAUGGGUCUCGAACGGACGAGCUCCUUCGCGAAACUCUACAAUUCGAUCGAGUCCGUACGAUCGACGAGCAAUUCGAUUAAAGGGAAGGUGAAAAAGCUCUGCAGCAUCUUCGAAUCGGCGAAGACGCCGAGCUCCGAGGAACAGCCACCGCAGCAAUCGCAGUUUUCGUCGAAGCUUAAACCCUCUAAGUCGAUCGGCCAUGACUUCCGAGCACCCUCGUUUCUGAACAGCUCGACGCUUCGAUUGCCCGGGACGGAGGAUCGAAUCGUCGUGUACUUGACAAGUUUGCGGGGAAUUCGGAGGACUUACGAGGAUUGUUACGCUGUGAGGAUGAUAUUCAGGGGAUUUAGGGUUUGGGUCGACGAACGGGACAUUUCGAUGGAUUCAGCGUAUAGAAUAGAGUUGCAGAGCGUUUUAGGUGAUAAGAAUUUGGGUUUGCCUCAAGUUUUUAUAAAAGGAAAGUAUGUUGGUGGAGCUGAGGUGAUCAAGCAGCUAUUCGAAACGGGCGAAUUGGCGAAAAUUCUCGAAGGUAUUCCGGUUCGAGAGCCCGGGUUUGUGUGCGAGAGCUGUGGGGAUGUGAGGUUUAUUCCGUGUUUGAAUUGCAGUGGAAGUAGGAAGGUGUUUGAUGAAGAUGAAGAAAUGAUGAAGAGAUGUUUGGAGUGCAAUGAAAACGGAUUGAUUCGUUGCCCGGAUUGCUGUUCUUGAGCAUGAUUCGGCUACGGGUUUCGGUUAUUCUACUUUGGUGCGUAUUUUCAGAUGCCCCUUUGUUGAUAGAAUAAAUAUUUUACUGAGAAUGUAACUGAUUGGAAUUUGGUAGAAUUUGGAUCCCCAAAUGUCUCUUUUGGGGUGGGUUUAUUGGUCUGUUUUUCGAUUGUUCAUCGGUUUUGGCAACUGAUGUUCAUUCACUCACUUGGACAGCAUUUUGGAUAGCAAUGUAUGUUGUCAAAAUGCAGAGUUUGGGUUUGUCCAUUUGUGUUCAAUUAACUCUGAGGAGAGUGUUUCGUUCUCCUCUAUGAUGUUGUAAAUAUCUAGUGUUGUAAUUAUUGCAAUAGUUUUGCAAUGUUGCAAAAGGAUGAAUUGUAAUGAGAAUGGACUUAUAUAAUCCACAUUCUAAAUAUGAAUUGAAAUGAUUAUGGAGUCACUUUCGUUUGUGUA